AUGGCCAACCAGCAGGGAGGAGCUGCUGCCUUGGGGCUCCACUCUCAAGCUGUGCCAGCGCAGGAGGUGCCAGGCACCGUGAAGCUGGAGAGGCCGGAUGGAGCCAGUCCUGACCUGGGGAACAAAGUGAAUCAAGCAGAGAGAGGUCCCAUGGCAGGGCAGUGCUGGAUGGCAGGGGAGUUCCCAAGUUUGCUGGUGCUGUCACAGACCAUGACUGAGCGGCAGUGGGCGUGGGAUGCCAGGAAGGCUGGUGACAGUGCCAAGGUGAGGGAAACCAUCUUGCGCCGCUAUGACACGGAGAUGCAGCGCCAGCGCUUCAGAGCCUUCUGCUACCAGGAGGCUGAGGGGCCAUGGGAGAUUUAUGGCCACCUGUGGAAACUUUCCCAUCGCUGCCUACAGCCAGAGACUCUCACCAAGGAGCAGAUGUUGGAGCUUCUGGUUCUUGAGCAGUUCCUGAGCCUCCUGCCUGAGGAAAUGCAGAGCUGGGUGCAGCAGGGUGGCCCAGAGAGCGGUGAGGAGGCUGUGGCCCUGUCAGAGGAUUUCCAGCUAAUCCACCUGCAGCCUUGGAAACAUCAGUCCCAGUUACGAACAUGGGAGGUGAGUGGGGUGUCUGUCUCCAAGGCAGUUUUCAGCUUCUGUCUUUGUCACUGUUGA